UUAUGUCGGUUAAAAUAUGGUUCGGAAAGAAUUAUUAAAAAUAAUUUAUUAUGUUCAAACUAUCAGUUGUUUUGGUCUAAACAAAAACGUACAUUCACUACUGAUCAUGCAGGAGAUGAUCGAAUAAAAUAUGAUCAUAAUGUUAAAUUACAUACAGAUGGAUUUAUUAAAACAAUUAUUAGUAAUAGUCGGGAAUUAUAUCAUAAUUUACGUGAUGAUUUUCGAGCUCAUUGGGGAUUUAAUGCUGGUUUAAUUAUCGUUAUAUUCUCAUAUGUUGGUAUAUUUAUCGGACGAUUUAUAUUAGAAUAUAGACGAGAAAAUAAAGAAUUAUAUUUGAAAGAAAAACAAAUGGAUUUGCAACAAAAACAAAUGGAUUUUGAUCAUGAAUAUAAAAUGAUCGAACUUGGUUUGAAACAAAAGUCUCACCAACAAGAAAUGAAACAGAUAAAGACAGAAAAAGAAUCAUCUUCAUCAAAAUAA